GUUACAUGGGCCGGAGGGUGGGGCGGGGAUCAUGCAAUAUUACCUAAUUCUUGUCCCACACCCUUCUUUUUCUUUUUAGAAAAAUUGGAAGCUCCACCACCUACUCCAGGACAGCUGAGAUAUGUAUUCAUCCACAAUGCGAUACCUUUCGUAGGGUUUGGCUUUUUGGAUAAUGCAAUUAUGAUUGCCGCAGGAACCCAAAUUGAGAUGUCUAUUGGAAUUAUUUUGGGAAUUUCAACUAUGGCAGCUGCUGCUUUGGGGAAUCUCGUGUCGGAUUUAGCUGGACUUGGACUUGCAGGCUAUGUGGAAGCCUUGGCAUCCCGGUUAGGCCUUUCAAUUCCUGAUCUCACACCAAAGCAAGUUGACAUGUGGCAAACUCGAGUUAGUGCACAUUUGGGCAAAGCUGUUGGAGUGGCGAUUGGCUGCAUAUUAGGAAUGUUUCCCUUGUUUUUCUUUGGCGGAGGUGAAGAAGAUGGAAAACUGGAAGAGAAAAAUAAACUCUCUUAGAAUACUUACGAAAAGAUUUAAACUAAUGUACCUCAAUUAUUAAGUAUGCUGUCACAACAUUUAGGAAUUAAGACAGUAACAGUGUAUAGAUAUGGGAACAAAUAAUUCAGCAUGUAUUUUGGAAAACACUAACUUAUUGUGGCUUGGUCUCCUUAGGACAUCAUCUUUUGAAAAAUGGUUUAGCGUUAUUUUAUGUAAGUUGCUGGAAGGGCUUUUUUAUCACCAACAGCCAACAUUUUAUCUUUCCCUUUUCUGUCUUUAUAUAUCCAACUAUUUAAAUAUCAGUCACUGACGUACUGUACUGAUUUGGGGUUUAUGUAUUUGAUACGUAACAUGUAUGGAUACAUGAAAGCAUUUGUUGUUAUUGUUAUUCCCUGGUAGUUGGUUACAAUUAACCUUAAGAUUUUUCCAAAUUAUUUAAGAUGUUUAUUAUCAGCUCAAAAUUUCUUUUAUUUGCUUUUUGGUAACAUCAGUUUCGUACUGUUUCCACAGUAAACAUAAUCCAAUCAUAUUUUAUUCAUUUCUUAAUUCUCAUGUCCAUUCAAAAUGGACACAAUUUAAAAAGUACUUUAACUGUUACUUAUUUUAAGUUCCUGACCUUAACUGUCUUAAGAGCCAAAGCUUGAGAAGAAUGAUCAUGUGUGGUCCCUGCUACAUAAAACCAUAUAUGUUAACAAGUGUACUUAUCUCUAGUUAAUUUUUUUAAUCAUUAAUUUCCCAGCUUUGAAUGAUUACCAUGGUGAGUUCUAACUUUGGAGGUAGAGAAAACUAUUAUUUUAAGAAUCUUUGUAAUGGAGACUGUGAAAUUAGGUGAACUAAAAUAUUUUCCAGGACUCUUGAAACUUAAAAGGGCAAUUUUUAUAUGCAAAUAGGAAAUGGGAGUGAUCUAGGAGCUUAUGCUAAAAGUGAUGACACCGAGAGCUGUGUGGAAGGUUAGUGAGACACAAACGAUAUUGAGAGCGGUCGUUUCCCCAAGAGGAAUCGCAGAAUCUGAAUGCUCCGUGCGCACAGCCAGGGUGCCGUGCUGUCUUCCUUCGUGAAUUGAUUUCUAGAUAACUUCUUUUGAGGUGAAAAUGAAACAUUUUCUACUUUCAAUUUUUUUGUUUUGUAGUUUAAUAGACAAAAGUUCCAGAGGAGGAAUCCUUGCUUUUUUUUUUUUUGGGUCUUUGUACUUUUGUGGUUUUUAAAGCAUAUUCUAGGUUCAAGCUACUUGUUUCUCUCGCAGUCUGACUUCAAUAUUGCUAUGUAUAUAUCAUUAAUUUUAAUAUUCUUAAAGUUAAUCCUUAAAGUUUUUUAGCAUGUGGCGUGUGACACUUGCUAAACAUUUUACUCUUGCUUGUAAGAGUAAUUGAACACAUCAUGGAAGAGAUAUUACAUUUAUUAUUAUUAAAUUGGAACUAAAGUUGCUGUUCGGGCCAUUGAAAUUAUUUGUGCUAUACAGAAGAGAGCCGUGCGCUGGCUGCAUGUCCAGCAGUCUUCUCAUACAGUUUUGUUGGCACAUAUUUACUCAGAGCUCCUAUUUUCAAAGGAGCUUUUUCCACACAGCAACUUGUCACACAUUCUCUCUGUGCAUUUCAAAGUGGCUUAUGCUGCCUUUUCAUCACGGCCUUAGAAGGGGGAAAAGAAGACGAGUUCUGUUCAUACAAUAUAAAAAUAAAAUAUGUGUCACUCUUAUAAAUUUGAGUUUUGUUUGAUCACAUCAGAAUUCUAGAACUUGAAAUGUUAAACACAGUUGUGGGUUGUAUCUCUCGCAUUAUUCCAUACACACAUAUAUAAGACAUUUUAACAUAAAUGGCUAAGUGCUUUUGUCAUGGGCUUGUUUACUACUAGUCUUUUGCGUUUUAAGAAGAUAUUUUAUUGUGGCCAGUUUAUCUCUUACCCAAGCCCCAUAAUUCAGAAAUCUUGCUCAUUGAGUUUAGAAAGGGCUUUUGGACAUAAUCCAGCCCUACAGACUCAGUCAGUCAGACACCUUCAGGGUUGGUGAAGGCAUGGAAACACAGCAAAGAGCAUUUUACUCACGGACAAAAUGAACACGGGAAGCACUCAGGCCAUUUUAAAAAUGGAGACCUUUUGUCAUUGACUGAAGAUGCACAUUAUGCAAGAAAUUAUUUUGUGCUGGUGUGUUACUGUGCACAAUGAUUUCUGAAGAGUCGUUCUCUAAUAAAGGUGGUGAUUUCAUAGAAUGAUAAUUUGAUGCUACGUGUCACAAUUCUCAAGUUGAAACUGGAACCCUGUUUCGCAUUUGAGUUAUCUAUUAGGAGCAUUAGGGCUGUGGUUAAAUGCAAGAUGAACUGCUUGAGUACAAUUUGAAAUUCAUGUCCCUGUAUUACGAUUUACUGACUUGUUGAUGCAUGUACAUUGAGUGCAUUUUGUUUCCACUGUAUGUUAAAUGAUGACCAAUGUUUUUACAAAGACAAAUUGAACAACAACAGAAAAUCUUUUAAGAAAUUUG